CAGCCAUUAACGUUUGCGACUGUUAGGUCGGCAUGGUUUAUAAACAAAACUUUUCUACUUAAAAUUUGUUUUGUUUCUUAUUUAAUGUACUUAAUUAUUUAUUUUAUUAUUUGUUGUGUCUUUGAAAAAGUUUUUAUUGAAUUAGAAUUGAAACCAGUCGUCGUAACAAAAAUAUGCUAAUUCGAGUUAGCAUCAAACGCUAGCACGUCUGGAAAAUGACCGAGAGAAAAUGAAGAGAAAGGUUUCAAAGUUAAGACUUAGUCCAAACGAAGAGGCUCUGAUAAUACGAGAGGAGUAUGAACGGAGGAGGAAACUACGACUGCUGCAGGUGCGGGAGCAGCAGAGGUGCAUUGCUCUGCAGAUCCGUAGGGAGGUGGAGCACAGACGGCAGCAGGAGCUGCAACAGCUGGAGGAAGAGCUGAGGAAGGAGUGGGAGCAACAGCAGGAGGAGAAACUCCACACGCUGCAGAGGUUAUACCAAGAGAGCCUGCAGCUUAUUGGACAUGGACAUCGUAAUGCUAAAGAAAAUGAACCGGACCUGGCGGCUCUGGCCGAGAGAGAGAUGGAGAAUCACGCCAAAGCAGAGGAGCGCUUUCGAGACGCUCUGAAAGAGCUCCAAACUCAGCGGCUCAAACAUCAGGAGAAGCAAAACCAGGCCAUCAAUGCGAGAAAAAAGGCGCUUCAAGCGGAAAAGGAAAGAUCCACAAAAGUGGCCAGCCUGCCCCCGCCUCCCUUAAACCCCAUCCAGAACAUCGAUUCCAAGAAGCUUAAUGUGGCGAAGAGGUCCGACUCCAGCGCCUUUGCCUCCACCCGUUACCACAUGACUGAGAACGCGGGUGACCGAGAGGCGGACUCCACGCAGCCUGAUGCACGAGAGGAGGCUGAGGUGGAGGCAAGGAGGCUGCUCCGCCUCGAACAGGAGGAGAGGAGUAAGAGGGCGGAGCAGUUGGAGAAGGCCCGACUGCGGGGGAAGCAGGCGCUGAGGAGAGAACAGCUGGUGCAGGACCGGGAGCAUUUGCUGACUGAACUGGAGCACAUGCAGCAGACUGACCUGCUGCGGAGGAGACAGCAGGUUUCCCAGAUGCCACCGCAGAUCUUCCAGCCGCUCUAUAAGCGACAGGAAGUCAGGGAGGACCUCCAGAGGGAGAUGGAGUUCGCCUUUGAGGACAUGUACACUGGAGAGAGGAGGGUCAAAGGUGACCUUGUGGUCCAGCUGGUUCCUGAGCCUCUUCCAGAUUUGUCCAGUUGCAGCCAAGAUCAAGAGCUGGACGUUACUGUGGAGGACACCUCUGAAAACCUGCAGAGUGAUGCUGAAGAGGGCAGCGAGGGCGCUGAGCAGGAGACUCCUGCUAAAGCACCAUUAUCCAGACCUGCUCCUCGACAGGCUCUGAAGAAACUCCUGGAUCGGAUCAGGAACCAGAGAACUGAAUGGAUGAACAGCAGCAGCCCCGGCUCCGCUGAUGGUUCUCCAACUGCCUCAAGAGAUCAGGUCCUAGAGCAGGACAGCAGCAUUGAAACGGGGUCUCUGCCCAGUGAUGAGAAGAACAAACCCAUCCUCAUGGACCCUCACGAGCCUGUCCUUCCUCCUGCCGCUGAGGAACAAACAAAUGAACAUCCUGCAGGAGAGUCUUCACCUCCUGAAAUCUUCACCAGCAGAGCUCAAGAGACAAAAGAAGAAGAAGAAGAAAGAAGAAAAAAGGAGGAGGAGCUGGAGCAGGAGAAGCAGCAGCAGAUGUUUCUCCUGCAGGAGCUUGAGGAGCAGAAGGUCCGACUGGAGCAGAUGCUGCUGGAGGCUCAGCAGGAGCGGGAACGUCUGAAGGCUGUUGCGACUCGUCAACGACCCGUCUGCAGCACCAGCAUCUCCACGGGUUUACCUGCUGACCCGGUGCCUCCUGCAGGUGAAGAUGAUCAGACCAGAAGGGUUCGAGCUUACCAGCAGCAACUUUUGGAUCAGAACAGGGUUCAUCAGAGGUCGAUGGAAGAAGCUCGCCGGCGUUUAGAGGAAUACCAGCGAGCUCUGCGGAUCCGCCACAGCCUGACCCACAGAUCAAUCCUGCCAACAGCUGGGCCUCCGGGCCCGGUUCCUCCGUCUCUGCAUCUUGUGGCCACACAACCUGAACCUCCUUCAGCUCCUUUUCACCUCCCUGUGCCUCCUGCAGCACAAACAUUCGUACAUCAGAGACCAAACGUCUCUUCUGACCCAAUGCCCUCGCUGACCCGUCCUGGUUCCAGCCUGAGCUCCAAGCUUCUGCUGGGUUCGUCUAGCGGUUCAGUCAGAACGGAUCUCGUUUCCCAGAUUACUGACAGUGUCAUGGAGAAAGUAACGGAGCAUCUUCCAGAGCGACUCAGGCCUUCCUCCAAGGAGCUCCGCCCUCACAAACCGCCUCCUUCACCUCCAACAGAUCCCACCAGAACCAUCUAUCCAAUCUUUCCAGGCCGCUCAUCUCCUGAUCCAUGCCUCCCACCUGUAACUCUAAGCUCCCAGGAGAAGAACAGGCAGGAAGCCCAGAGGCAGGCGGAGGACCACAGGGAGGUGGCAGCGCCACAACAGAGGCUGCAGGAGGGGCAACAGAGGCAAGAAGAGGGGCUAGAGCAUAUGAGGAGGCAAAAAGAGGCGCUUCAGGCCCUGAUAGACACAGAUGAGGAGGAUCGGCUUUCAUCUUCCGGAACGUCAGGAAACCAGGAGCUGGGACCCGAGCUCCUCCAUCGGAAACGCCUUAGGCUGCUCUCCUCUCUCCUGAAAGCUAUAGAGGAGUCACACGGAGGAAGUCUGUCGCACCUGGAGGAUCCAGAGGAGCAGGAGGAGGAGGAGGAGGACUCUUCUCAAACUCCUGUUGCUCAGAACGCCGUUCCUCCAGGCCCCUCCCCUUCCUGCCUUUCUCAUCCUCCUCGAGCCCUGAAGCCGCCUGUGACCCGCGUCUGGCUGGGUUUGAGAGAGACGAUGGCCGAGCAACACGAGCUCAGCGCCAUUCAAGAGGUGGAGACUCCGGCCAACAUCAGCCUGGUGGCAGGCCCCGAGACGGAGGUGGGAGCUCAUUCACAGUCUGGAGUCUGGAGCCCGCAGAGCCCAGAGUCGUCCGUGUGGUCGGGCCGGACUCUGCAGACGCCAUCAGACCUCAGCUCGGUCGUCUGGAGGGAAAGGCUGUUGUCGGGGAUCGGAUCAGCUCCGGGAAGCUCCGACUCGGGCUCUGGGAUCACAGUGAAGUCGUCGCCGUCCUCAGACUCUGGGAGAGGAGCCGACUUCUCCGGUCCCGCUGUCACCAGCUGCAGACCCGCCUCCGAGUCUUCUCUUCCAAGGCCCGCAGAGCCUGACUGCUUCUCCACCUCCAUCUCCACCGGCAGCUUCGUCGCCAGCGACCCGGAUCAAAACGCCAACACAGAUUCAGCAGAUACGUCUCCACGCUGGUCUGUUAAACAACGCGGCACCGACUCCAGCAGCUUUUUGUCUGCGGGGACUCCCAGCUGGCAUUUAAGUGAAAACGCUGAGCCCGGCGGCGCCGAACUGUCCCUGCGGUCUGUGUUUAACGACGACAGCAUCCAGCGCAUCAUCGACAGAUACAGCAGAGAGCUGGACGCCUCCCUCAGCUCUGCAGGAAAAACCGACGCUGGCGGCUCGUGUUUGGAUUCAGGCGCCUUGGUUUCUCCUCCAUCUCUGGUUGGAGUUUCUCAGAGAAACGUGGAGGAUGGAAGUUCCUCAGGUCACGGUUCUGUUCCGGGACAAACGUCUGAAGAUCAGAGCGGCGGCUCAGCCAGGAACCGCAGCCCUUUAGGAUCCAAUGCAGGAUCCAUCUUUAUACAGAACACUGAUGAAAACGCGAAAGAUGGGGUCGGUUUCUCCCCCCCCUCUACAUCGAUGAAUGACCCGUCAUUAUUCCCUGAGGAAUCUUUCCGGCCUCUGAUUGGACAUCUCGCUGACGAGUCGUCUUGUCUGAGUCCAGACCAGAAGAACUCUGCGCUGGAGCGUGUGGUCGGACAGCCGUCGGCUCACUCUUCAAUGAUCGGUCAGCUGCUGAGGCCGCCCGUAUCUGGCAGCUCUCGCCGGCUGAGUGACGGGCCGGACCUCCACAUCGAUCAGCAGACCGCUCAGGGAGCAUUUGAGCCGCCGGGCUUCGAUGAAACGGCCUCUGCAUUCUGGGACAGCGGGAUGAGACCUCUGGUCGGAGAGCUGGACGAGUCUGUGAUGGAGAAGACGGGAAGUUCAGGAGGAGGAACCAACGUCACAGUUGGCAUCUCCGCCGGAUCCGGAGGGCCAUCGGAAUCGCUGCUGCCUGCAGCCUCUUCACAUGAGGACCCCCCCCAGCAGAACCAAACCAGCCUGGCGGGCCCCCCUCAGCAGAACCAAACCAGCCUGGCGGGCCCCCCUCAGCAGAACCAAACCAGCCUGGCGGACCCCCAGAGGUGUGAAGAUUCCUUCCACCCUCUGCUAGCUGAAGUCACCCACAACGAAACCGUUGACCCCUCCAUGACCUUUCACCUGCCGCCGCAGAGUCCCCCCGACUCCUCUGAAGGUUUUCCCGAAAGCGGUUCCUCGCUGUCUGAACCGACACCAGAGCGCCUUCGUUCAGAAGAACCGAGGAGCGUCGAGACCUCACCCCCGUCGUUCAGCCGUCUCCCCCUCCUCCACGACUCUGACCUCUCUCUGCCCCACCCCGUGAGGGCAGAUGUAGAGCUAACGGCGGCGACUCUGGCACGUUUAACCAUGAAGGAUGAGAUCCCAAACGCAGACUGUGAGUGGAGAACAGAGAGGAAGUCUUCUGCUGCUGCAGAUCUGCUGGAGGAAGAAAAGGGGAUCCUGGAGCAGUCGCAGAUCACAUUAGUGAGCCUAACGGACACCACUGUCACGGAGGAGGAGGAGGAGGAGGAAGAAGAGAAGAUGUUUGAAUCGGUUCCGUUACCGGAGGAAACUCCAGAGGAAGAGCGUGAGACGUGUUCAGGGGCCGACCUGGAGCUUCAGCGGACCUCCAGCCUGCAGGAGGUCUUCCUGCAGAGGCGCAGCCUCCUCCUGCAGAGAUCCAAACGCAGAGUGGAGGAGCUGAAAGCCAAAGCAGCUGCAGCAAAGGGAGGCGGAGAAGCUCCGCCUGCUGCGACGGGAGCUCCGCCCAGCAUCUGCUGCGAGGAAGAGGCAGAGCUCCAGCAGGAGAACACGCCGCUGCCUCCAGCAGUGCCUGUCCCCGCGGUGGAGGUGAAGAUGAGCACACCAGCACACAGAAAGCGUGACCUUGCAGAGAUGCACCGCAGAACUCGCAGACUCUACGAGCAACUGGAGGAGGUGAAGCAGCAGAGAUCCUUCAGGAGCAGACAGGAGGACUAUGCAAAGAACCGGCUGAAGGCCAGAGAGUUUCACAUGAAAACUUUACACAAACUUCGUGCCAAGCAGAGGUGACGACGGCUGGAAUCGAUUACCUUAAAUUAUGAUUCUGAAGUUCAUUAAAGCUUUUAAGUUAUUGAAA